AUGGCGACAAUCAACAUGGCUCCCAUAUGGAAGAAGGAUUCAUCGUCUCAAACCUCUCUUCUUCUCGGUCGCUACGAAAUGGGUAAGCUUCUUGGCCAUGGAAGUUUCGCCAAGGUCUACCUCGCGCGAAACGUGAAAACCGACGAAUUGGUAGCGAUUAAGGUAAUUGACAAAGACAAAAUCCUCAAAGGCGGAUUAAUCGCGCAUAUCAAACGCGAGAUCUCAAUCCUUCGACGAGUUAGACACCCCAACAUCGUUCAAUUGUUUGAGGUCAUGGCGACCAAGGCCAAGAUCUACUUUGUUAUGGAAUAUGUUCGGGGUGGUGAACUUUUCAAUAAGGUGGCGAAAGGGAGAUUGAAGGAAGAAGUUGCUAGGAAGUAUUUUCAGCAACUCAUAUCUGCCGUGUCUUUCUGCCACACCCGAGGCGUUUUUCAUCGAGAUUUGAAGCCGGAGAAUCUCCUUCUCGAUGAAAACGGAGACCUUAAGGUCUCCGAUUUCGGACUCAGCGCCGUCUCCGAUCAGAUUCGACAAGACGGUCUGUUUCAUACAUUCUGUGGGACUCCUGCUUAUGUGGCGCCAGAGGUUCUAGCUAGAAAAGGAUAUGAUGGGGCUAAGGUGGACAUUUGGUCAUGUGGGGUGAUUUUAUUUGUACUAAUGGCUGGGUAUUUACCAUUUCAAGACCAAAACAUUAUGGCGAUGUAUAAAAAGAUUUACAAUGGUGAAUUUCGAUGUCCGAGGUGGUUUUCAUCGGAAUUGACUCGAUUCUUGACGCGUUUACUCGAUACGAAUCCGGUAACAAGAAUUACAAUUCCGGACAUUAUGAAGGUUAGAUGGUUUAAGAAAGGGUUUAAGCAUUUGAAAUUCUACAUAGAGGAUGAUAAAUUGUGUUGCGUUCCCAAUUUGGAGGACGACAUUGGGUCCGAAUCCGAUCAGUCGUUGUCUGAAUCGGAUUCGGAUAUUGAUGUCAAUACCAAGAGGUCCAUUUCGGCUAUGCCAAGGCCAGCUAGCUUGAAUGCGUUCGACAUCAUAUCAUUCUCGCAGAGUCUUGAUCUUUCGGGGUUGUUUGAAGAAGGAGGCGGAGGAGAAGGAAAUAGGUUUCUAUCGAGGGCUUCGGUUUCGAAGAUUAUAUCCAAGUUGGAAGAGAUUGCGAAAGUUGUUAGUUUUACCGUUAGGAAGAAGGAUUGUAGGGUUAGUUUGGAGGGGUCGAAGAAUGGGGUGAAAGGACCUUUGACAAUUGCGGUUGAGAUAUUCGAAUUGACGACAUGUUUGCGAGUGGUGGAAGUGAGGAAGAAGGCCGGGGAUCGAGAAGAGUACGAGGAGUUUUGUAAUAAGGAAUUGAAGCCGGUUUUGCAAAGCCUUGUUGUUGUUGGAGAAGAAGAUUCGGAACCGGUUUUACAAAGUCAUGUUGUCGCGGACGAACCAGGUUCAUCCUUACAUUCUUCGUUCGGUUCGUCCAAUUCUAUUACAUCUUUUUCCGAUUUUCCAUCCGAUAAUGAAUUGUAG